CCUAGUGUUAUUGAACAGUUGGUGGGGCUGUAGCUGAUAAAGUAGGAUGGAAUAAAGCAGUACGGGUCUUUCUAGAUCUUAUCUAUAAAUGUUUUUUGAAGUUUCAAAUUUUUAUCAAUGGUUUACAGAAAAACAAUGCUCCCUUAUCUUCUAUUGGUGCUUUUAGCACACGCCAGAUGGGUAAGCACAGCAGAUCUAGCAAAUUGUUCACUGGUUAAAAACAUAUUCAUUUUAGCCGGGCAGAGCAACAUUUCCGGCCGAGGCGGCGUGAUUAAUCACUCUAACCGCCCUGGCGUGGCUAAUGAGACGUGGGAUGGUGUCAUCCCACGUGAAUGCGAGGCCAACCCAUCAAUCCUCCGACUCAGCGGAGGACUUACAUGGGUUGAGGCUCAAGAACCCCUUCACAAAGACAUAGAUGUGAACAACACUUGUGGGAUUGGUCCAGGGAUGCCAUUUGCCAAUACAGUUUUGAAGAGGGAUCCAAGUGUUGGAGUGAUUGGGUUGGUUCCUUGUGCCGUUGGAGGAACGAGUAUUACUGAAUGGGCUCCUGGGGGUUUCCUUUACAAACAGAUGAUAAGGAGGACAAAGGCGGCCACUCGAUGCGGCGGAAGGGUAAGGGCAUUGUUGUGGUACCAAGGUGAGAGUGAUACAAAGACACUUGAGGAUGCCAAAAUGUAUAAGCGCAGAUUGGAGAGCUUCUUCAAGCAUGUGCGCCAUGAUCUGCAAUUACCUACUCUCCCUGUGAUUCAGGUAACUCAUGGAAAGAUCUACUAUUGUUUAUUGAGAAUUCAUUCUAUAUGCAAAUUGUAGUUUGAGUUUACUAUCCUUUUUAGUACUUACUAAUUUCAUCAAUCUUUGUUCCUACACCACAUGAAAACUCAACCUGUGGCCUUGAACAUUUGCUCUGCUUUCCUU